CCAGCCCACCUAUUUGUUCUCCAAAGGUGACUUUUCAGUGGUGGAAAGUACCUAAGUUACUAUGUUCACUCAAAUACUAUACAAAAGUAUAAUUUUGAGGUUGGAUUUUCCCGUUGUUUUGACCGCCUUCCAUCUACCCCACGUCGAGCAACAAGACGACACAACCAAGAAGUCGCACGUUUUAUUCGAAAUUAUCUGUGAAUCUGUAAAUUUACACCAAAGCAGAUCCGAGUCGGGGUGUGUAUGCUCACGGGUGCAAUCUACCAAACGUGGGGACCCCAGUGAGCUUAAAGUAAUUUUCCAGAAGUAUGCUAGUGUAGUGGACAAGGAUGGAGAGAGGUUCAUGACCCCAGGAGACUUUGUCCAGAGGUAUCUAGGCCUGCAAACACAGAUCCACCACAACCCCAAAACUAUACAACUCGUCGCUGCUGUGGCUGACACCACCAAGGACGGGCUGAUCUCAUUCCCAGAGUUCCUCGCUUUCGAGUCGGUGUUGUGUGCACCAGACGCUCUCUUCAUCGUAGCCUUCCAGCUGUUUGAUAAGACUGGAACUGGGGACGUCUCCUUCGAGAAUGUGCAAGACAUCUUCAGCCAGACCACAGUGCACCACCACAUUCCUUUCAACUGGGACUGUGACUUCAUCUAUCUGCACUUUGGGCGCGACCGCAAGAAACACCUCAACUACCUUGAGUUCACCCAGUUCCUACAGGAGCUGCAGUUGGAGCAUGCACGCCAGGCGUUUGCCCAGAAGGACAAAGAGAAGAAUGGUGUCAUCUCGGCCUUGGACUUCAGUGAUAUUAUGGCCACCAUCAGACACCACAUGCUCACACCUUUUGUGGAGGAGAACCUUGUUUCAGCUGCAGGGGGCGGCACCUCUCACAUGGUCAGCUUCUCUUACUUCAAUGCCUUCAACUCCCUCCUGAACAACAUGGAGCUGAUCCGCAAGAUCUACAGCACACUGGCUGGCAAGCGGAACGACACGCUCGUGACCAAAGAAGAGUUUGUUCAUGCUGCUAACAAGUUUGGUCAGAUCACUCCCAUGGAAAUUGACAUCCUGUACCACUUAUCAGGCCUGCACUCCCCCUCUGGGCGCCUGAAUCUCUCUGACAUCGAGCGGAUAUCUCCGUUAGAGGAGGGGUCUCUGCCCUACCACCUGGUUGAAAGCCAAAAACAGGCUCAUGGGGACGGUUCCAGGCCUGUGUGGCUUCAAGUUGCAGAGUCAGCCUACAGGUUUACCCUGGGCUCCAUUGCUGGAGCUGUUGGAGCUACAGCAGUGUACCCCAUCGACUUGGUGAAGACUCGUAUGCAGAACCAGAGGUCCACGGGAUCCUUUGUGGGAGAGCUGAUGUACAAGAACAGCUUUGACUGCGCUAAGAAGGUGCUUCGCUACGAGGGCUUCUUUGGCUUCUACAGAGGUCUGGUUCCUCAGCUUAUAGGUGUGGCACCUGAGAAGGCUAUUAAACUCACAGUGAAUGACUUUGUAAGAGACAAGUUCACUGAGAAAGACGACACAAUUCCUUUAUUUGCUGAGAUUCUGGCUGGUAGCUGUGCUGGAGCCUCUCAGGUGAUCUUUACCAACCCUCUGGAGAUUGUGAAGAUUCGCCUGCAGGUGGCAGGUGAGAUCACCACUGGACCUCGAGUCAGCGCGCUCAGCGUGGUCCGUGACCUGGGCUUCUUCGGCCUCUACAAGGGUGCUAAAGCUUGCUUCCUGAGAGACAUCCCCUUCUCAGGCAUCUAUUUCCCUGUGUAUGCCCACACCAAGACCUGCUUUGCUGAUGAGCAUGGCAGGUUGGGACCUCUGCAGCUUCUCACAGCUGGAGCAAUUGCAGGUAUUCCUGCGGCCUCUCUGGUGACGCCUGCUGAUGUUAUCAAGACACGUCUGCAAGUGGCAGCGAGAGCAGGACAGACCACUUACUCAGGAGUGAUCGAUUGCUUCUGGAAGAUUUUGAGAGAGGAGGGGUUCAGGGCUUUGUGGAAGGGAGCUGGAGCUCGUAUGUGCCGGUCUUCUCCUCAGUUUGGUGUGACACUGGUGACUUACGAGCUUCUACAGCGGUGGUUCUACGUUGACUUUGGAGGACAUCGUCCAGCAGGAUCAGAACCCACACCCAAGUCUCGCAUCUCUGAGCUUCCUCCCAUCAAUGCGGACCACAUUGGAGGCUACCGCCUGGCUGCAGCUACCUUUGCUGGAGUGGAAAACAAAUUUGGCCUCCAUCUUCCCAAAUUCAAGUCUUCUGGUGUGGUUUCCAUACAUCACAGAGAGCCCGCCACGCCGGCUCAGGCCCCAUAGAGGUCGGCAUCUUCAGCUCCUCCUCUAUUAGGAACCAGACACUUAGAUACACACACACACACAGUUCAUGCACAAAAAGGGGGCAUUAAGAACAAACAGUGCCAACCCGUUACUUUGUCCAGGGUGAAGGGGUGCUCACUGGUCCCUGACCAUAGAGGUGGAGAGCCAGGUGCAGCUGUGGAUCUAACAGCAGACAGCGCUGCCGACUGUGUUGUAUCUUCAGUGGCUGUACACUCCUGGCAACUCCAUCUUUUGUGUUCUUCUUUCCAGCAUUUGUAUAAAACUGAGCCUUGGGCACUCCUCUCUCUCUUUCAAGUACAUGAUGUGAUUUAUUUUUUCUGUUUUCUGUCAACACUCAAUCCGAGUAGGACUUCCGUUAAUGGACAGUGGGCAUAGAAAAUAUUUACUUGUAAGCACAGUGUGUCUUCACUCUUGAUCGGUCCUCACAUGCAAGGCCUCAUCCUGUACAUACUGCAGUAAAGAAAAUGUUACAAGACAUUCAGUCAGUGAUUUAUGGCAAUGUGAGGCCUUCGGUCCUGCUCUCUGAGAAGCCCUUGUACUGAUGUACAGAACAUUUCAAUGAAGUGUUUUCUUGAUAAAACAAGAAUCAGCAGCAGAGAAUUAGGUAUUAAUAAAUUAAAUGUACCUCUUCAUUGUAUUUUAUUGAAAUAAAUCAUCCAUAUGGUUUCAAUUUUACCAAUAACUUUGUUUUAUUCCAAAGCAAAAGUGCAACAGUUGACUGUAUUAAGAACAGUAACAGGGAAGAAUAGAUUUCAACUAGUCUAUGUAGAAUACUGACGUUUUGGUCAGGUUAUAUCCAAUAUGCUUGCAACUGCGUUUUUAGCUCAUUUCAAGAGAAUGAAGCUGAAAGCUGCACCACCCAGGUUAGGUUGGACCGCUAAGUUAUGGACGGAAUGCGUCGCUGGAAUGCAAAGACAAUUGAGAAUGAAAAUUCUGUGGUUAAAACUUUCACCAGCCUCAGUGGACAAGUCAGGAAACAAACUACUCGUUACACAGAUACAGAAUAUAAAACAACUCCUGGUACAUAAAAAAAAAAAAAAAAAAUCACCUUUUAACUGUACUAGUGUCCAUAAAUUCAAGGUAAGUAUACUAACAGAUUUUGCCUGGUAAAAAGCUUGAGCUAAUUUUUGGAAUAUACAACUCCAACUUUUAGUACAAAGCAGCAUUUUUCAACAAUACACAAUAUUUAAAUAAUUGCAACACAUGAAAUAAAUAUUAAAUAUAGUGGCUAAACUUUAAGAAUGACACACUUGUGCAGAGGCAUUUAACUGCUGAUGAGGAUAAAGAGCAAACUGACAUGUCAGCCUUGUGCCGGUUGAAACACUUGGCCAACAAUGUGCACAGGUGUCUGGAAAAUAUUAAAACGUGUAAAAAACACUAAAGUGAUAAAAAGGUGCAAAUACAAAGGUUUGCAUAUUUAAAAUAGGGCUGAGUUGACUGAGGCCUCAGGAGAAGAGCAGUUUCUGGACCCCUGAGGAUGUUACCAAAGCAGCAUCUCUGCUGCAGUUCUAACCGCUUGAACUACUACAUGUGACCUUCUUUGCUCCUACAAAAUUACUCUCCGACAUUUACAGUAUUGUUCAAAAUAAUAGCAGUACAAUGUGACUAACCAGAAUAAUCCA